UACAAGGCCAUGCUAAGCAAUCCUAUUUGCCUUUCCAAAAUCCUCUACAACGAAACCAACUUCGCCAAACGUCGUCAUGUCGGUUUACCCAACUCAAGAUGCCUUCUACGGCGCCGUCGGAAGCGCAGAUGAAUAUCCAAGUGCCAGUUUGAUCUUCCGUGACACACAAAGCUCAAAUGUCCAUGAAGAUGAAGAGCUCAUUGCCAACUUUGACCUGGAUCUUCUGGCAGCCGAACUGUGGCCUGAGUCGAGCGUUGCGGGAGCAGCAUCCGACUCGGCGUCUCGUGAAGGAGGCCUUUUCAGUGCCACAUCUCUCUCUUCGCAAGACGAGGAUUUCUUGGGUCUUGGUGCUGUCAAUCCAAAUGACAUGUUCAGCAGUGGGAUGCAACCGUCAUAUCCAUCGUCUCACAACACAGAAGGAUAUGAUCCUUAUCAGUAUUGCGAGCAACAGGCUACCUCCUCUUAUUCUCAUCAGCCACCGUUGGACCUUUCUCAGUAUGACGCCAAUUUGGGAGAAUCUUUUCAGCAAAUGAAUAUUUCUCAGUCAUACGAUCAGCAUUCUGGAUAUGCUUAUCAUAAUGAUCAACAAAUGGGCAUUUAUCAGCAACCUUAUCAACAAUCGGGCAUUUCUCUCGACUGGAACCAACAGUUUAAUGUCCUCCAAAGCCAAGAAGGUGUAGCUACUGCUGGUGUGUCUGGAAGUGGCACUUCAAAGAAACGGAAAGGCUAUCGACAUCGGCAUCAGCGUCAGUUCCUCAGUAGCGCUGAGCAACGAGAACAGCGGUCCCGCGUGCUCAACAACGAGGCUUCGGCCAUUUACCGAAGGAAGAUGCGCGAUCUGCACGACAAAGCUCGCACGGAGCUGGACGGCCUUGAGCAGAGGAACCAGCAACUCACGCAGAGGUUCCGCCUCCUGCAGAAGUUCUGCUCCGGAUACAGGGCUCGCUUGGAGGCUCUCGGCGUGCCAGCAACAAACAACUUUUGAC